CGAACUUCAAUCGCAGUUUCGACAACUUGAACCUUUGACCUCCGUGCUCUUACAGUCUCCCCAUCGACUCUCAACUCACUCCUCACUCGGCCCUCCACAAUGUCGGUAGCACGCGCAGCUUUCUCGCUCGCUAGGCGUAUGCCUAUCUCGGCUGCCCGCGUCGCUCCCCGCGCCUUCACCACUGUCACAGCUCGCCGAGCAGGCAAAUUCGAUCCGAAGCCCGGUGAUCCGGAGGGCAAACUUCUCCCUUUUGAAGAAAUCAAAACCGAAGCAGAUCUCCUUCCCCCCGGCGCCGCGCCCGGUACCGUCCCGACCGAUCUCGAACAGGCAACUGGUCUGGAACGUCUCGAAAUCUUGGGAAAGAUGCAGGGCAUUGAUAUCUUUGACAUGUCACCGCUCCCGUCAGAUAGAGUCGGUACAUUCGAGGAUCCCAUCGUCGUGAAAUCAGCUGGUGCUGAGUACCAGAUCGGCUGCACCGGCUCUCCAGCUGAUUCACACAACGUCAAAUGGCUCGUGAUGACCCGUGAUCGCCCUUUUGAGCGGUGCCCGGAAUGUGGGAGUGUCUACAGAAUGGACUACGUCGGAGCACCAGACUCCCACGAUGACCAUCAUGGCGACCACCACCACGCCGCACACGAAGCACCCAAGACCAUGGCCGAUUUCGUCAAGCCGGAAUACUGGUACCGAUAAGCGGUGGAAGGAUCGACAAUGGGGCUGGGGCGCGUGAGAGAGGGGGAUUACCCAGAAAGUGAAAGAAAAACUGUACAUAAAGGGAGAAUAGUCGCGGUGAGAGGAUCAAUCAAAGCGCUUUGCAUCGAGAACGUUCAUGCUAUAUGCGAUGCUCGUUCUCGUUUCGACUUUUUUAUUCUUUCCUUGUUCCCAACUCGAGACUCGCCGUUCCGACCAGCCUUCACUAGUCCAUCCAUGCCGUGACGUCCCUGUAUAGAUAUAAUUGAUUGUCAC